AACUACUUGUCUCCUACGCUUUCGCUUGUCCGCUAGCAGAGGUCUCAGAGUCUCCGACGCCGUUCGUCUGUUGAACCCCUCCAUAUCCUUGCACUCUCCUAUCAUGUACGAUGUCGAAGGCAUCCCGGCGCACCUACGACUCCCAUCUAUGGAGGGCCUCUGCUUCCCGGACGGAAACAUCAUACUCCAAGCCGAGACGACUAUAUUCAGAUUAUACAAGGGGCUACUAGCAUCCAAGUCAUCAGUAUUCAAAGACAUGCUCGCGUUCCCGCAACCCAGCAACGAGGACAGGACGCUACUCGGCUGCCCCGUCGUCGAAAUAUACGACAACGCGGAAGAGGCGACCUAUUUCCUGCGCGCGUUGACGGACUCCAGCUACCUCCCGCCCAACCGCCCCACCACCUUCCGCGAAGUCGCCGCCGUCCUCCGCCUCGCCAACAAAUACGACGUCCCCUACCUCACCUCCCUCGCCACCACGCACCUCACCUCCGUCUACCCGCCCACCCUCCGCGCUUGGACGCACCGCGACGAGAAUCGCACCAUCGAGCGCGCGAUGUAUUUGUGUGUCGCGGUCUUGAAUUUGGCGCGGGAGAUGGAGGGCCACCUGGAGUGCGUGCUGCCGCAGGUGCUGUAUGCGUGUGCGGAUGGGUUGAGUGUGGGCGAGAUGUUUGAGGGCGUGGAGUUUGAGGGAGGUUUGCUUGGAGAGAAGGGCUGCAGUCGGAGGGCGGGGCGGGACAGACACCACGAAUUAGACGACGACGCGGACCCUCAUCCCACCCGCACCCACCACCUCACAAUUUCCCGCGCCGACCAACAGAUCCUCCUCCGCGGCCGCGAAGAGCUGCUCCAAGCCAAACGCACCCGCCUCUACGCCUUCCUCACCUCCCUUUCCUCCGGCUGCGGCGCGCACUCAUGCCGGGAGGAGAAGCUGAAGUGCUUUGCAAAAGUGCAGUGGGACGCGAUUGUGUUCGACGAGAACGAUGACUUUGACUGGAGGUGCUUCGAGCAGCGGGUGUGUAAGAGGUGCUUCACCGAGGGCCGCGCCGCCUUCGACAUCGCGCAGGAGAGCUUGUGGAACGAGUUGCCCCGUUUCUUUGGGCUGCCCAAGUGGGAGGCACUGAGGAGGACGCAGUGAGGGGACCGUCUUGCGGAAGCCUAGAACCCAACGUUGACCCAACGACUGUUGUACUAUUGGAUGGAAAGUCAAGAACGACGGAGUCAUGUUGUAUCAUCACCUUGUACUUGUACGAACCCGUAUCGUGUAUCACCGUUUGCUAGCAGUGUGUACUAUAGCUUGCGUAUGUAUUCGAGGUCAUAGCCCAAAAAAUUGUUCACAGAACGAAAGCCCUCG